CAUGAUUUUUUUUUUGUUUAAAAGGUUAAGUACUAAGUUAACUUGUAUACAUUAACUGUAGCCUAAGUUACUAAUUUCCCCAACUGUACUAAAAGCAAACAUUUUCACGAGUGCCCUCCAAAAUGAUCCACAACUUAUUCAUUUUAUAUAUAGAUAAAUUCAUUCAUUUAGCAACUCCGCUUUCAGUUUUUACAGAGUAUUCCAGAUUUUUAAACAGUUGGCUAAAUACUAUCAUAAACCAUACAAACCUACUCAAAAACUACAUUUCAAAAAGAAAUUAACCUUUAUGACUGGUUUUGAGAUCCAGGCUCCCAAUUAAGUAGUUAUUGGUAGUUCUUUAUCAAUGCUGAGAUGCUAAUUUCUGAAUUGUUCCACCCAUAUGACUCACAGCCACUAAAAUAGAUUUUGCCGCUGCACCUUGAAACGGCUCUUUCGUAGAUGUUUUCCGGUAAUGAAAUUAUGGCCUCCGGAAAUGAAGCAGGUUUUCAAUUGCGGUGAAAGUUGAGGUUAAGUGUACACGAAUGCUCUGAUGUUUGUAGUUCACGGGUCAGGCGUAUCAAUCACCAUGAUGACGUUCUUCGCUGGACUCCUCACGUUUACAUUGCCUUUAGAGGUGCUGUGGGGUCACCGUCAACAUCUGAUCUCGAACGGGGUUGUGGAACGGCAUAUAAAAUCCUGAGACAAUGCUCUGCUGUUAUUUUGUGGAGAGUCCUGCUUCCUAGACACGAUGGUCGGAGAGCGGAUCUUUCUCCUGACCGUCACCUGCUCCGUCUUAAUGCUGCUGGUUCGCUGUAAUGAAGUUCUGGAGAUCCGCUCCCUUGAGGAUGAUAAGGCUCAGGAGGAGAAAGAGCUGAUUGAAGCUCUUCAGGAAGUUCUAGAAAAGCUGAGAAAUAAACAGAUUCCUGCUGUGGAGAAGAAGCUCGGCUGGGUUCCAUCGUGUGAUGCAGGCGAGCAGUGUGCGGUGCGGAAAGGCUCCCGCUUCGGGAAGUUGUGCAGUUGUCCAGGAGGAACCGCCUGCAGCUUCUCCAUCCUCAAGUGUUUGUGAAAGGAAAAAAACAGCCUCGGUCUUUCAUAAUGCUCCAGUGUGUUGUUUACCAUCAUCAUAUCUGUAACAUGUUUAUCAGUACAAACAGGCAAAUGUAUAAAUGCAUUCAAAUCAAAUA